GAUAAAGGGUGAUUAAGGAUGAAGUGUCUAACAAUCCUGUUGGUUUGUGGCCUUUGCGCAGUUGGUGGAUGGGCUCACCAGUUUGCUCCUAAGCCUGGAGAUACAAAUUUGGCAGGAUUUGGUAUAGUCACUCAGAGCUCUGACUAUGGCAUUGGUGAGGCUAUACGAGCUAUCGAUGGGAAUAAUGACACAAACUACUUCAGCCAUCCCUGCAGUCACACAAAUAAUGACUACGAACCAUGGUGGAAACUGGAUCUGAGAAUGAGAGCAACCAUUGAUUUAAUCAUCAUAACGAACCGUCAGGAUUGCUGCGCAGAGCGUUUGAGAGGAGUCCAGGUUAAAGUUGGAAAUUCUCCUGAUGGCAAUAACCCAGUAUGUGGCACCGUCACAGACGUAUCGCAAGCCAGACUCCCCAUUCCUUGCCGUGGAGCGGUGGGACGCUACGUCACUGUGACCAUCCCCGGCCGUGCUGAGUAUCUGACACUGUGUCAAGUGGAGGUUAAUGGGCAUUUCAUUGAAACAGAGCAUGACUCACCAGCUAAAAAUUUGGCAGGAUUUGGUAUAGUCACUCAGAGCUCUGUCUAUGGCUUUGGUGGGGCUGCACGAGCUAUCGAUGGGAAUAAUGACACAAACUACCACAAACAUCCCUGCAGUCACACAAAUAAAGACUACGAACCCUGGUGGAAACUGGAUCUGAAAAGGAGAGCGACCAUUGAUUUAAUCGUCAUAACGAACCGUCAGGAUUGCUGCACAGAGCGUUUGAGAGGAGCCCAGGUUAAAGUCGGAGAUUCUCCUGAUGGCAACAACCCAGUAUGUGGCACCAUCACAGACCUAUCGCAAACCAGACUCCCCAUUCCUUGCCAAGGAGCGUUGGGACGCUACGUCACUGUGACCAUCCCCGGCCGUGCUGAGUAUCUAACACUGUGUCAAGUGGAGGUUUAUGGACUUUUCAUUGAAACAGAGCAUGACUCAACAAGUUAGCCAUGACUGGUCCUUUCUGCCAUUACAGAACUCGCUUUGGCUACAAUUUAAAUGGUCAAUAUCUGCAUAAAUGCUCAUGUUUCCGCGUAUGCAACAAUGUAUCUUUUUAUAUCCCACAGAGUUUAGGGACCUUCCCAGUAAAUGCUAAUUGGUGGGUAGACUAAGCUGUGAUUGACUGUGGUCAUUCUCACAAGUAGAUCAGUCUAACAAAAUGGCAACUGGGACUGUUAUAUGGUACCCAUUCCAAUCAAGGUAAUAACAAUGAAACAAAAUAUGUCACCAGAACUGAUACCUAGUUAUAUCCCAGUAAUAACCCAUUAAUAGUGCCCUAAUAAUAACCCAGUAACGGCCCAGUAAUAAUGCAGUAAUGGCCCAGUAAUAGUCCAGUCAUAGCCCAGUAAUAACCUAGUAAUGGCCCAGUGAUAGCGCAGUAAUGGCCCAGUGAUGGCGCAAUAACGGCCCAGUGAUAGCGCAGUAACGGCCCAGUGAUGGCGCAGUAACGGCCCAGUGAUGGCGCAGUAACGGCCCAGUAAUAAUGCAGUAAUGGCCCAGUAAUAGUCCUAUUAUAGCCCAGUUAUAACCUAUUAAUGGCCCAGUGAUAGCGCAGUAAUGGCCCAGUAAUAGCGUAAUAACACAGUAGCGCAGUAACGGCCCAAUAAUAGUGCAGUAAUGGCACAGUAAUGGCUUAGUGAUAGCGCAGUAAUGGCCCAGUGAUAAUGCAUGAUGGCCCAAUAAUGACCUAGUAAUGGCCCAGUGAUAGUGCAUGAUGGCCCAAUAAUGACAUAGUAAUGGCCCAGUGAUAGUGCAUGAUGGCCCAAUAAUGACAUAGUAAUGGCCCAGUGAUAGUGCAUGAUGGCCCAAUAAUGACCUAGUAAUGGCCCAGUGAUAGUGCAUGAUGGCCCAGUAAUGACCCAGUAAUGACUCAGUGAUAGUGCAGUAAUGGCCCCAGUGUAAUAUAUCACAUUUACUCAUAGGUUGCAAUGAGACCAUUAAGAUAAAUAGCUGCAGGAAAUGGGCCAGAAAUACUGGAUUUAAGUCAUAAAUAAUAGAUUCUCCUAUUACCAUAUUUCUGUUGUGGUUUUGGUUCUUACUCGUUCUGUGGGUUUAAUAAAUAUAAUGCUAAUGCUUGCCUAAUUAACCUGUACUUCUCUGUUUGGAAAAUAAAUGAUAUCUCAUC